AUGCCGAAGCCUAUGGGAAGGGUCACCCAUCGACCUUGGAGCCCUCCUUCAAUUUCAGAUAUCAAGUGGAAUGUUGACGCUAGCCUGGAUCCAAUUCGUAACCGAAGCGCCAUCGGUGGAGUUUUAAGAAACUUCAUGGGGAUUUUCCGAUGUGUCUUCUCUAGCCCCAUUCCUAUGAUGGAAAUAAAUUCCGCUGAGGUCUACGCCAUCUUCCGAGCUAUCAAAAUAUCAAUGGCUUGUGAGGAAAUCAAAACCCAAAGUAUCAUCAUCGAAUCCGACUCGGCAAAUGCGGUGGCUUGGAGCAAUGCAGGUUGUGGAGGUCCAUGGAAUUUGAACUUCCUACUUAACUUCAUUAGAAACACUGCAAAAUCUCACCGAAACAUUCAUAUAAGCCACAAGGGGCGAAGCUCAAAUAUGGUGGCCGAUGCCCUUGCUAAGCAGGGAUUGAGGAGGGAGAAUGAGUUUUUAGCAUGGAUGUAG